GCAGCGGCGGCGGCACCGGAGCGGUCAUGAGCGAGCGCAGCCCUUGCGAGUGUCCUCCCCCCGCGGCGAAGGCCCCCGGCGGGCAGCAGGAAGCCAAAGCCGGCGACCCCAAGAAGGAGGAGGAGGAGGAGAUCGACAUCGAUCUGAGCGCUCCCGAGACGGAGAAAGCCGCCCUCGCCAUCCAGGGCAAAUUCCGCCGCUUCCAGAAGCGGAAGAAGGAAUCUGGACCCUGAACGGCUCCAGGGUCCCAGGACCCCCCACCCGCGGCGGGCACCUCCCUCUGGCACGAUCCGGUCCUGGCUCCGUCAUGCCAGGGCUGCCUGUCCUCUGCCGGUGGGGCCGGGGGGUGGCUCAGCCUUUCCCUGCCCCUCACCCACCCCUAAGCCGCGAC